CACCAACUUGGUGGUAUCUGUUUUCUGUGCAUGCUAUAAAAGAUAGAUCGAAUUGCCUUGCGUGCAUUGGAAAGUUGCCAUUUGUACGUUUAGCAAUCAUGAAGGCUCUUCUCCUACUUUUCAGUUUGGUUUCGAUUGUUCCUGCGCUUUCAUAUUCUUCAAGGUCGGUUAGGUCUGGUAAGUUGCCAAUUGAUUAUCUUUUUCUUCGAUGAAAUUUAGUAACGAAAUUUCCGGUUAGUAGAUAGUCCCCAGUGUUGAAGCUUGAAGAUUUGAACGACGGUCAUUUUGCUCUUUUACCUAUGAAAUACUUAUUACUAGAAAGAGCAUUAGGAUGAUUUGAUAAGUUGCUUCCAAAAUUUCAUCCUUUGCCAUCUGAGUACCUUUAGCUGCUAUGUGAUUUAAAACACGAGCAAGUUCCCUUUUGGGAAAACCACAUAUCUGCGAGGACGAAUAGAAAUGUUAUCAGACGUAAAUAAUCGAGUGCGAAACCUCUCUUUCUUUCUUUCCUUCUUUCUUCCUUUCUUACAUUUUAAUUUUCUUAGCUAAUUAUUGGCCUUAACUUUUUAGUUAUGUUUCAGUUAUUCACUGAUAAAAAGCUGAGACAAGCAUCGUCCGGCUAUUAAAUUUAAACUCAAUUGCAAGUUUUUUCUAAUCAAAAGUCUUUCAAGAAUACUAAGAUUCGAGGAACAGGAGAAUGUUUCUGAGCACUAAAAUCUCAUUCAGCAAAAUUCUAAGUUUACUUUAGUUGAGUUUCCUUUGACCUCGCUACCGACGGCCAGGGUCUCCUACCAGACAAAGACGACAAUGCAAAAAUUUGAUAAACAGAUCCUAAACUUCAUGAUUGUUACUUAUCUUUCAUCCACUUGACAUAUUAAUAAACGCGCAUCGCAGCACGAAUGUCUUCUUGUCUCCUCUCCAAUUGUUUUGUUUUUUUCUAAAUUGUAAGCAGACAGGGCCAAAAGAUUGUUAUGUGAGCAUAUUUUUGGCAAAGGUAUAUGAACUGCAGUAGUUUGUAAACGAAGAUCGUUCAUGUUUCUUAAACACUCAAUAGGAUAUCGUAUACUUUUAUCAUAAGUGCCUUUUUACAAUGAUUUCUUCCCUAAUUUACUUACAUCAGGUUUGAAUUCGUCAACGUUAGUAGGGAUUAUUUGAUGUAUGAAAUCGUUCGUUGAUUUUAAUUUCUUUUAAACUCAGACUGCGACGAGAAUUGCCUAAAAUGUACAGAUCCUAAGUCACAUUUCCCGAAAUGUCGAAGAUGUAAAGAAGGCUAUACACUGGUUAAAACUUACAUUCGACGUAGAUGCGAAAGCCAGUGCCCACCCGGAUCAGGACAAGUACCGGUAUGGGAUCCAGUCAUCAGAGCUUACAUUUGCGAUAGAAAAACAGGUUAUUAAAUUUGUGAAUGUAUUGACGUCACCAAUAGAUUUUAGCAACAAAUCGACUAAUGUUGUGACAAGGAAUGUUGUUCAACUUUAAUUUAUGGUUUGCAAAUAUGAUGGUUUCGAACUUGUGGAGGAAAGAUGGAUAUCCUACUCUGUUGUUCAGGGAAUGUUCUUGGUAACUGAUGCAUUGAAGAGGGUAGCAAAAGUGGUGGAGGGGAGGGGAGGGGAAGUCCUGAUCCCGUUUCACGCACGAACUGAAAAAUUCACUUGUAUUGCAAUUUAAACAAUAUUUUACGCGUCAUGAAUUUAAAAGGAUUAACUUCAAACCUUACCUUACCUCUCCGUCCGUAAAAUUUACGCUUCACGCAUAAAGCCUUUGCCAACCUCAUUAAGGUCAGCGUUCUAUAGCGUGGGCAAAUUCACAUUGGAUAAGCCUCGAAGCCUAAUGUCUGUUACUGGCGUAAGCCAAAGAGUGAGUAGGAGGUGAAUUUCAUUGCAUAACAGGAUCAGCAAAACUAUACUUUUUUUUACAUCCGAUGUGACAACGCCAAUGAAAGCAAAACUGGCAAACAAGGUUCAACUGUUUGCAUUCGGUUGAUAUUCAUUCAAUCCCUCAGUUUAUGUUGAUGAGGUAAUAGAUAAUAAGUGAUUAGAAAAAUCAAUUUCUGUUUUAUCCUCGGUUUUUGUUGUGUUUCGCCAUUUUCACUCUGACAUUUGCUUUUUCGCACAGAUUGUUACUGGCAUGAUUCCAACUGCGUAGAAUGUCUAGGCAGUGGGUCAUGCCUAAAGUGCAAGAAGAACUAUGCCCUUAAACAAAAAUCGUUCAAAUAUACUGGAGCUAUCAUCGGUCUAAACAAAUGCGUUGACGACUGCGAAACAUGCGUGGAGCCCCGAAGUAAAACUAUUGUUUGCAAGACGACGGCAGGUAUGUUUUUGACAUAGUUGCUUUCCCUCAAAAAAGGUUUUAUUGUUCUCAGUAUGCCGGAUGUUAUUUGGAGUUCUAUUUGGCUGAUGAUGAAGGCAACCUUCGCUCCGAUUAGCGGUUGUGAAUAUUUUGGUUCUGUUUUUCUCGAAACGGAAAUGAAAACUGCUCUAACAAUAGCAUUUUUGUUUCUCCUCCAGCUUCGUGUUUAAACAGUCAGGCACCAUCAACCCCUCACAAGAAAAGCCCACACAACUGUAAGCUCUUCCCUUAUCAGUUAACUUCGUUUGAUAAGUGUUUGAAACUUCCUUAUUCGUCACGCUCAUUACGUCAUCCGUUUAUAUUUUUCUUUAAAUGUUUAUAGCACUCUUGUUACUUUCAGUGCCUUCCCCGAAAGUGCCAGCUGGAGCAGUAGGAACCAACCCGUCAACUGAUAUAGACCCAACUCCUGAACCUACCAGGGACGGGGCAAUGACGGGCAGCAGUGAAGACACUGAGCCAACUGUGGAUGAAAUAGAUAAUAAUAAUUAAAACUGUCAGGUUGAGUUACAUCCUGAUUAUCUGCUUUCAACAUCAUUUGGGUAACUACCCGUCAAGAACAGUGUAAGGUUUUGUGGCAAUUCUGAAGAUCCAGUGGCUUUAGUAGGAGGCCUAUUUUAUCCCGCUUUGAUUUUCUUUGGAACAACCUCAAUUCAAAACUGAACUAAAAACGUUUUAAAGAUCAUUGAUACGUCUUCAAAAAGCUCUUGAUGAAUAAAGAUUAUUACUGAUUUGACUCUGCGUGGCUACCAUUUGCUUAAAGUAUCCCUGCA